AGAAGGAGGAAGAGGAGGCGGCCGACAAUAGGUUUUUGAGAUCUGAUUCUGGGCCAGUCUUGACUCUUUGGUGACUUGGACGCAGGAAUUUUUUUCGUACAGAGACCCCCGUCCCCCCUGGUCAACCAUGAGGCGACGAGAGCAAGUCCUGUUCUACCUGUGCACAGGGUUGAUAGCGGUUGGUUCCAUCACUGUACAAACACCACAAAAAGUAGUUGAAGCUUCCAGAGGGGGCAGUGCCAGCCUGCCUUGUGAGUACCAAACCAGCAGCCCGGACCAGAGCACAUUGCAGAUUUGGUGGAGAAAAAAGCCUGAGGAGAUCGUAACACUUGCAUACUUAGGAACCACCAACUUUAGUGAUGACGCUUAUGUGAAUAGGGUGAGAUUUAGCGGCAACUUCAAAACCAGAGAUGCGUCCAUUGUUAUAGAAAAGCUCAGGAUAGAAGAUAACGGUACAUACCAGUGCGAAGUAAUCAACCCCCCAGACCUCCAGGGAACUCGUGCGGCCACAAUGGACCUUCUCGUUUUGGUGGCUCCAACGAAACCAGUUUGUGGGAUUGUUGGAACGGCAGAAUAUGGCCAGGUCAUAAAACUGACUUGUAACUCCGAAGAGGGGUCUCCGAUUCCUACAUACUCCUGGAAAAGCUACACCCCACAAAAUCUGGAUCGGCAGCUACCACCGACAGCAGUCAUAGACAAAGGAGAACUGGCCUUGAAAAACAUUUCCAUGGAAACAUCCGGAUUCUUCAUCUGCACCUCCACCAAUAAAAUAGGGAGCGAGUUCUGCAAUAUCACCCUGGCCGUGAUGCCACCCUCCAUGAACAUUGCGCUGUAUGCCGGAGUGAUCGGGGGGAGCUUGGCUGGAAUCAUAGUCAUCGGCAUCAUUGCCUACUGCUGCUGCUGCCGGGACCGCGAGGACAAAGAGGACUAUGAGAUGGCGGACAGAGAGGAGGAGGAGGAAGAGGAGGAGACUGACCACCAGCCGCAGAAAAACAAGCAGCAGCAACAGCAACAGCAGUACUACCAGGAGGAUGAGGAUGAUGAGGAUAUUGAGGACAAUCCACCACGGAAACCACCCAUGCCGCCAACCAAUAAACCGCGCCUGGUCCUCAACACAGUAGAUGCUUAAAUGGACAAUUUAAGACUUUUCAGGACUGCCAGUAGGAAUAUGUAAUCUUUAGGGGCGCCUGGACACAGCGAGGGGCCGUUCCCAGUUUAAUUCUCAGCAAAAUUUUUAUACUGGAAGGAAACAAUCAGCGAUGUUACAGGCAUUCCCAGGACACCAUCACUGUGCUACUGGGAAUAAUUAGGACUAUUAUUUCCAGUUGUUUUUUUAUGUCCCAUUGUACUUUGUGAUAUAUGAAUCAUAACAUUGAUGGCCCCUGCAGGACGGAUCAGGUACUACAUGUUAUGGGGUAUUACAGUCUUUGGUUGGACAUGUAAUACAUGAUCGCAACCCUUUAAAUUGCAGGAGGGCGUUCCUGAGAUACCAAUCUAUUACACUGCAAUGAAAAAUCCGCAAGACACGCUCCCUUUUCAGAUCUCCAAUGGUAAUAAGGUUAAGUAGGAGUCAUAAUAUGGAUGCUAAAAUGAGGUCAAGCAUGCAUGUGUUUUCAGUGGGGCGUACACCCAUCUCCUCCUGAGACCAAACAUACCCAAGCCAUUUUUCCUAUAUCAAUGGGCAACCUCUUUAAAAUCCCCAUACAGUCAUGGGGACAAUGGUUGGCUUGAGUGGACGAUCCCUUUAAGAGCAUGCUCAGCUAAUAGAGAGGAGAGGUGCUGCAAGUGAAAGCAAUGGCUCCCUAUGGUACGUCUGCAGGACCCCGACUUUACAAUGCAGAGUCCCAAUGAUAACGGGGCUCCUUGUGGCCGGCUGGUUUCGGGAGACUCUCUACCAGCAGGUGGAAUUAUACGGCCUCAGAAGAUCAUUAAGCUCAGUAGCCCUUUAAUUUGGUUACAGGCUAGCAGAUUAACUGAGCACAGGAUGCCCUGCAUCAGCGAUCCACUGAUUAAUGGGGUUGGCGUAACUGAACAAGUGUUAGAUUUCCCUGCAGCGCCACCACAGGGGAAACAAAGCAUUACACAGCUCUGAUGGGGAGGUGGGUCCUCCAGGGAGCCUCUUCUGACAACCUGCGUUGCUAUGAACGGUAAACUGCUCUGAGAAAGGGGCCAAAAAUGAGUCGGGAAACUAGAGGCAACUAAUUUGUUAGACAGAAAAUAUAUAGGAUACUUUUGUUUAUCUGUAAAAUUAUAUUAUUAGAACAGUAAUGUCCUCCUUUAUCUUCAUGUCUAUUUUCUGAUGCAGAGCUCCAAAUCUCCCUCCUACAUUCAUUUAAAACUUUGUCUCGCUGCAGUCACCACUAGGGGGAGCUCACUGCAUACUGUUUUGUGGCGUUUGAUGUAUACACAGUAUGCAGUGAGCUCCCCCUAGUGGUGGCCAAAGGCAGACAGAAUUCUAUCAUGUGACACGAUCUGUUUGGAGCUUUGUAUCAGAAGAGAAUUCUGAUUGCUAUAAAACUAAGUCUACUUUCACACUAGCGUUUUGGCUUUCCGUCUGUGAGAUCCGUUCAGGGCUCAGCGGUCCAAAACGGAUCAGUUUUGCCCUAAAGCAUUUUGAAUGGAAAAGGAUCCGCUCAGAAUG